GAGUUCCAGCUCGCCGCAUCCAUGGUCAUCAUCCAGCCGACGACGUCCAAGGUCGUCGUCGUGCAUGACACGCAGACGCGCCAGUGGUUUCUCCCCCGGGGGCGCAAGGACAGAGGCGAGAGCAUCGAGCAGUGUGCCCUGCGCGAGGCGUACGAGGAGGUUCGGGAGGAGAACACGGGCAUGCCGGACGAGCAGGCGUACGUUGGCACGCUGCUCGACGUCCACGAGGCCGUGCGGUUGAUGUCGCAGGACGAGGCGCUGAUCACGACCGUCGCGUACAACCUGUGGGUGGAGACCCGGCGCAGGCAAGACCGCGAGCAGCACGCCACCCAG